GAUUUCCAAAUUUUCAAAGAAACAUCAGAUUAAUUUUGGUGCAGUCAUGUUGAAAUUAAUUUUGAUAGUCACGAUGCAGUUGUGAAUUUGGAAAACAGAUAAUUCCUUACCAUUUUUGUCAAUAUGCACACAUGUAUAAAAAAUAAUCUUAUCACCCGGCACAACCGGUGAUAUCAGUGGGUAGCUCGUAUAAAUAGUCAGUAGAAUUCUGGUCGACAGUGCUGCGAGUUGACCUCUUGAAAGCUCUAUACCAAAGGCAAUUAAUUGUUCGAUAUGGAUCUCUACUAUCACCCAAUUUCUCCACCGUGUUGGUCCGUUCUACUGCUGAGUCGCGAGCUCGACCUGUCGUUCAAUCUUAAGCAAAUCAGCUUCGCCCCAGACUGUCCUCUCCGGGAGACGAUCGUUAAGUUGAACCCACAGCACCAGGUUCCCACGCUGGCCGAUGGAGAGUUCGGGCUGGCUGAAUCGCGCGCCAUCCUGCGCUACCUUCUGACUGCGCACUCCGGCAGUGAUGAUCAUCCGUUGUACCCAAAGGAUCCGAAGGCUAGGGCCGUGAUCGAGUCCCGGUUGGACUUUGAUCUGGGCAUGCUUUAUAGACGCGCGUACGACUACUUCUCACCGCAGUGGAACAGCAAAUCCGUCGCAACGGAGAAGGACCUGGAGAAGGUCUGCGAGGCUUUGGGCUUUUUGGAGGAGUUUUUGGGGCGGAGUCGGUACGCUGCCGGAGAUCGAUUGACCGUUGCGGAUUUGACGCUGGUGGCCAGCGUCUCGUUUUUGGACGUUUGUGGGUUUGGACUAGAGAAGUAUCCGAAGAUAGUUGCUUGGUAUGAUGUGUGCAAGAAGGAGAUAAAGGGAUAUCGGGAGUUGGUUGGAGAUCGGUUUGAGGAUUUCCGGAAUGCUGUACUGAAAAUGAAGCAAUAA